CCUUUUCCGCUGCCCAAACCCUAGAGGCUGUCAGUGUCAGGAGUUGCUGAAGCCGAAGGAUAACGGAAACAAAUGCUCUAUCGUUGGCUUCGGUCUUUUAGCCCGACCUCCCCUUAUUGGCUUUUGGGCCAGACGGUGUGGUUUUACUUGAUUUUCAUACAUUUGUGCUUUGAUUUGUUUCAUUUACCCUUGCAUGCUCUUCGAAAUUUUGUAUUAGCUAGCUAGUCAUAGGUCCCCCUGCAGUUGCCAGCAAGCGCAGUUUUCUUUCAUUUUUACAUUGUGAUUAACCGGGAGUUUAAGAAGUAACGAUGGCAAAUGACUUAAAAACAGAAUUCAUCCAGCUCUGCAAAACAUUGCAGGGCCCGCACCUUGUUGCUAAAUUUCAGCAGUUUUGCGGGGUGAGAGGCACAUUUCCUAGGAAAUCAAGUGAAACAUCAGAACGGGAGCUGGAAAGAUUUCACAACGGUGCCUGCACGAACUACUGCCCGGAUGAAGGUGAAAAUGGAACGGAAGACGGUUGCAAUAGUGACGGUCCCCGCCAAAGAAAAACCACCACAGAAGGAUCUAGUCCGACUCAUGAUGACUGCAUUAACGGCUUACUGAACGGGACAGCAGCGCAGAUCUCUGGUGCCGGCGAAACAGAGGGCCAGAACGUAAACGAUUACCUCGCUAGUGCUAGAGAUGGCGGGUAUGCACAGGAGAGAUGCACGGUAGACAGUCCUGAUCAUGGGCGCGGGAUGUUAUGUGACCCAUGUAAGGAGGGCGAAAGCUUGGGUGGAAGCGCACCAAGCAUAGUAAAACCCCUGCGCAAAAACUCUCUGACAGACGACGGUGGGCAGGAGUUCAUCAUCGAGAACAAGUUUCUGUUCUACCUGUUCACCUUCGGGACCGAACUGGGCAACGAGAUGUUCUUCAUCGUUUUCUUCCCUUUCUUAAUCUGGAACGUUGACGCCUACGUGAGCCGGCAACUUAUUGUUGUCUGGGUUUGGGUCUUGUUUCUGGGCCAGUCAACAAAAGACCUCAUCCGCUGGACGAGGCCCGCCUCACCGCCAGUGGUUAAAGUGGAGGUGUUCUACAACUCGGAGUACAGCAUGCCGUCUACGCACGCCAUGUCUGGGACCGCUAUCCCAUUCUCGCUGUUCCUGUUGACUUACGGUCGCUGGCAGUAUCCCUUCGUCUUUGGUCUAGGCCUGGCACUCUCCUGGAGUAUCCUGGUGUGUGUGAGUCGGGUCUACAUGGGCAUGCACUCUGUCCUGGAGGUCAUCGCUGGUUUCCUGUACAGCGCCCUGAUCCUAGCGGUCAUCCAGCCGGCGCUGGAACACAUCGACAGCUUCUACCUGACGUCCCGCCACGCCCCGCUGGUCAUCGUCGUCCUGCACGUGUCCCUGGGCCUGCUGGCCUUUCGGCUGGACUCCUGGAGCACCUCGCGGGGCGACACGGCCCAGGCGCUGGGCACGGGGGCGGGCGCCGCCCUGGCCUCCCACCUCAACCACCUGCUGGGCCUGGCGCCCGACCCGCCCCUGUCCCAGCUGCCCUUCGCCCCGCAGCCCCUGAGCGCCGCCCUGGUGAGCCGCUCGCUGCAGCGCCUGGCGCUGGGCGUGGCCGUGCUGCUGGCCACGCGGGCAGCCAUGAAGGCCCUGACCAUCCCGCUGGUGUGCCGCGCGGUGGGCGUGGCCAGCGAAGACGUGAGGCGGGCCCGGCAGCACAUGGAGGUGGAGCUGCCCUACCGCUACAUCGUCUACGGCACCGUGGGCUUCAGCUGCGUCUUCCUGGUGCCCCUCCUCUUCAGCUACCUGGACCUGUCCUGAGCGCGCUCCCUUUGCCCUGCUGGCUCCCCCCCCUCCCCCUGAGUGAGCUUGGGGCCUGAUUGCCCCUGUGGAUAGGUGGGGGUGGAGGGGUAGGGUAUUGGAACAAAAGCAACUCGCAAAUUUAAACCUUGCUGAUCUCUUCCAUUUUUGUUUUGACUUCUGUUCUUUCUGUUAUGUUUUUAAAUAUUUGAAGUCAUAAUUUGUCCCCUAACGGUUCCCGUUGCAAUAGGUUGAGGUCUGAGGAGAUUUGGGAUGUGUUCCUUCUUUCAGGCAUUUCCAUGCUGUGUAAUGGGGCCUGGUUCCCCUAGCUUCUCAGGCGUGUGUGUGUGUGUGUGUAUUUGUUUGUUUGUGUGUGGCUGUGUGUGCGCACGCAUACAUUGUGCCUGCAUCUGUGUGUAUGUGCGUGUGUGUCUGUGUGCAUAUGCAUGUCCAUGUGCGUGUAUGUGUUUAUGUGUGGUUGUGUGUGGUUGUGUGUGUGCGUGCGGUUUUGUUCGGACUGCCUGUCCUCUACAGUCCCAGGGCUUUCUCCCACAAACACACACCCAUCCUGUCCCAACCCCAUGGCCACAGUCACUCAUUGUUUGCAUGUUGUACAAUAGUUGGUCGAGUUCCCCCACAUCAAAUGGCCCUCCCCCAUUGAAAAAGGUCUUUGUUGUGUUUUCCUUCUUCAAGUCUACACAGAUAUUCUCACGCGAGACUUUGAAGGAACAGGGUUCUGCGGUCAUGUUUUUUUUUCAUGAAGGUUCUUGUGUAAAGACUGAUAUCCCAAGGUUGACAGAAAAUGAUGGUGAGGACUUGGUCUUAAGCCCCGCCCUCCCCCAUGGUGUCCCACUCUAUUUGAAGCAAACACCUCCCAGCCUGCACAAACUUCCUUUGGACUGAAAAGUUCAUGGGAAACCAUCGGACUUGGAAGUCUGGAGUAAUGCAGAGCAAAAACCUUUACCCUUAUGUGAAUUUCUGGAUCAAAGGAGAAUUUCUCUUUGGAAAAAAUUAAUAGGAGGUUCACAUAACCGUCCCUGUCACAGUCUGUGAUUUAAACUGGCGUUUAAAACGUUAUCCGCGCACAUUUCUCUCCUCAAUGCCACUGGAUCCAUUAUAUUCCAAUGCCAAAAUAAUUGUUUUGCUAGCAGCAUGCUAACACUAGUGUGAAUGUUAUUAAUGUCACAGCUAAUGGGUUUCACUAUUUAUUGUUACCCAUUUAUUACACUAAGGGGUAACAAUAAAUGCUUUACGGUCGUGAAUGGCAGCUGGUAGUGUGUGGUGUUGUAAUUCUGCGACCGGUCACUAACCACUUAGCCGUUACCAAUUCGCUUUUUAAAAUUGCACCAAAAAGGCUAUGAAAAAGGGUGAAAAGCAUUCUUAGCAAACAUUUUCUUAUACAAAUGUCCACAUGUCAUACAUUAUUUUGAAGGAUAUAAGAAAACGCCAUUCAUUUCUCCCCAUAGGCCAUGUUUUUUUUAAAUUCAUUUGGUAGUCUUGAAAAUACUAACAAACCUGAAGGGAGUGAUGAUAGGCUGAAUCCGAAUGUUUGAUCUUCUUCACACUUGCAGACCGGCUGGCUUUAAGUGUGGCGUACCUGUGAAGUCCCGAGAGGCUAGGGCUGCCCAGUUCUACAAUUCAGUGAGGGAACUCAUGUUGACUUUCAUAUUGUCACAUGAGGAUGUGACAACAUGAAAGAAAAGAAGGAAGCAAUGCCAAAAAAACAAGAAAGAUAAUAAUUAAAGCAUUGCAGGAAGACAACCAAGGGAGGUUUUCCAAUGCAAGUGAUACAGAAUUCGUAUAACCUAAAUGUAUAUUUCAGACAUUGAUUUAUUUAUUUUUUAUUUAAAAUUUAUUACCGGUCAUAUCCACAACAAUGAGUGAGGUCUGACGUCCAGUCUCAUUAGCGCAUUUUAUACCCUCCAAGCUGUGCUCUUGCAGACUUCACGUAAUAGUGCUUUCGGGCAUUUGGAUUCAGCCCUAGAGGGAAAGAGGCACCAUAAGCAGAUGGGAUGCUAGGGGGUUCUGGGAAAUGAAGUUCAGGGGCUGUGUUAGCUGGAUGGCAUUGUCCACAUGAAACAGCAAUAUACGUAUAUCAUUGGGACAAAGCCAUAACCUUUUGGACAAAGACUUUUUGGAUUUUCCUCUGUACUCCUCUGUAAUCAUAAAAUUUGCAUGUGGUUAAAGUGCAGAUUCUCAGACUUUGUUAAAGUUUGUUUUAUACAGUUUUGUAUGAAUUCCAGUACUUUAUACAUGGUGCAUAAUAUUUGGGUGUGUUCAAUUGCUUCCAUAGACACACUCAAAGACAUGCAUGUUAGGUGCACUCCUGCAGUUGCCCUUGACCAAGGCACUGGCCUCAGAACUGGAGUUGGUCCCCGGGCGCUGCACUGUGACUGCCCACUGCUCCUAAGUAACUAGGAUGGGUCAAAAUGCAGAGGACAAAUUACCCCACGGGGUUCAAUAAAGUAUAUCUUAUCUCUUUAGUAUAUGUAUUCAGUCAUAAACUAUUCUUCCUUAGUCUACCAGGCCCUUUGCAAUUACUGAUCUCACCAGUGUUCUUUUUCUUCUUAAUGAUGUUACAAGCAGUUGAUUUUGGUAAGCCUGGGGUUUGGCCUAUGUCUGACUGGCCUUGCAACAGCAGGGCCAGCCAUACAAACGCGAAUGUCUGUGACUGACUGAGUGAGUGACUGAGUGAGUGAUCAAGUUACACCAUUGGUCGGCCGAGUUAUGAAGUCACACCGUUGGUUGGCCGGAUCACGUGUGUUAGGUCCAGCCAUAUACUAGGUUUUAAACCUGGUCUUGUUUAAUAUUUCUCAGCGUCAUGCUGACAAAUGCCAAUAACAGACUUCAAAGGCAAUCAAAAGCCUUGAAUCAAGACUAGAUACUGAAAGCUCUCUUAUACUUGCAAUAAAGAAGCAAUUGAACGCAUCUGACAAAUCAGAAAGACCUGUGAAGCCAGUUAUCACAAACAUUACGUCUGCUCAGAAAUAAUGAGGCCAUGUAUAAAAAGUGCUGUUAUUUGUACACGGUGAAACCAAAAGGUAUUAAUGUACCCUUUGCUAAAAGCUGAGAAUUUGCACUUUAAUGGCAUUCAUGUGUCAGAGCACUUAUAACGGUUUUAAGAACAAGCCAGCAGCCAUCUUUCAAAAUGGUAAAGCACAAAACUUGUUUUCUAAAAAUACCCAGUUCAUUACAUAAUGCGUACUACAAAGCUUUACCUCAUACAUUCUGAGUUUUACGUUUCUGACACUCAUGGGCAGUGACGUGAAGAGCAUUUAUGAAUAGUAGUGUAGUAGCUACAAUUGGGAUUUAGCAAUCAUUAUGUCUAUAUACUGUGCAGGGCUGUUGAUAUUGAACUGUUGUUUUGCCAGUUGCCAUCUACUGGCAAGAAGAAAUAAUCAGCCAUAGCUCUCCUCAUUCUGGCCCAGCUUAUUUGGCCCCCUGGAGGGAACAUUUCCUGUUGUCGGAAACCAGCCAUAAACGAUGAAAAGAUCAUACACAUAAUAAUGGGGCCAACUCAGCAGCCAUAUGUUAACGUUCCAAGCCAAACACAAAGCAGCCGCACCUUGUUACCGGUGCAUUCAAGACCGUGUAGGGUGCGGAUUCGAACAAAAUCAAGGGUCUGAUUUUCAAAGAAAGGGUGUGACACCAGCGUGCGAAGAAACACGAAUACCCCCCCCCCACACCUCAAAACAGUGGCAGUAGUACUGUUGCACUCAGCUGGUCCACAUGUUCUUUUGGAGUUCAGUUAUGAAAUGUAAAAUAUUAGGAAUUCUAAGUGUAUGUCAAAAUAUAUCCACGGUUUUGUGCAGUAAGUGAAAUCUCAUAUACAUAUAUUUUCGCAAUAUAUUUCAUAUGAUAUACUGCAUGAUAUGUUUCACCACAAAUUUCACAAUGUAUUUAACAGUGUCUACCAAAAAUACAUCCUGCAACAUAUUUUGGCAUGCUGAAAAGUUAACAUAUUCCUCAUAUUUUGGAUUUUAUGUUUAUACACGUUUUUAAAAAGGGUGUAUCAUUUCUGUGUAAAUAGACUGAAAACAUGGUUACGUUUUUGGGUAGUCGGGUGUGCUAAUCUGUCAGAUAAUUUGUUUCUAGAUAGAUUUCUAGCUACCAGAUGCCCUUCUCAAAAGGUUAAACAAAGGAAAGACAAGUUAACUGCAGUGAAAUCGUCAUAACGUUGUGGGAUCAUAACUGCAAAUUGAUAAGUCUAUGUGCUCUUAAGUGUUAAAACUUAUGUGUACAUAUAUGUACAUACUUGUAUUCUUCAUACAAAUGAAAAAAGUGCAAAGAUUUUUCUUAUGUAUAUAGUUCCCGUGUUUGUUUAGUAAUCAUAUCUUAGGCUUUGGAGGAACAUCAAAUAAGCUGUCCUUAUGGAUGCCCAUUUAGCACUGAAUAUUACCAAGACAUUCACCAAAUAUGGUGCAAUUCCCUUAGUUACCCAAUGCAGUUACCAUUUAUUUGAAUAGCACAUGCCCUUUCUCCAGGUAACAUGCAUAGCUUUUUAUAAUAUUCAAUUAUGCAGAUGGAUACCGGUUACUGAUACAUUUCAGGAUAAAUACCCUAAUUGCCUAAUGGUACAACAGUGGCGGAGGUGUGAAAUCCAGGUUCAGAAAGUAAAAAAGGCCUCGCUAGUAUUUUGUUCCAAUCACCCAGACUUGGCUAAUCAGCUCACGGGUGGAAGAAACACAUGGCAGGACUUUUGCUUUCUGACCCCGGGACUUUCCAUCUCUGAACAGUGGUCUUCCCCACCCCCCCAGGUUUUGAGCCUUAAACCUGCUGGUUGCUAACUCGCUUCCCUAACCACAGUGCUUUACCGUCAUCCUGUCUGUGGCUCAGUUUGCUCCCCCAGUGCCUUUAUUGUGUCAGUGUUUGCCCUGAAGUUAUGAAUAAUAUUGGAAGUAUUUCCCAGUAGCGAUGCUACUACUGUCCUGUGUAACUACGGUGUUCAGAAAUAUUUGGUGUGUCCACAGUAUUUUUUGUGAAGAUUACGUUUAAUUCUGUAUAAAAUAUAUAUUUUACUAUAUUCUCGAUAGUCAUUGUACUUAGUGCACUGAUACUUAAAUCAUUUUACAUUGUAUCAUUUUCUAAUCCCUAUUUUCUGUUUCAUGGAAAGAGGUGGUUCUUUUACUUGUCAACUUGCUCAAUUCAUUGUCAACCUGCUUAAAAAUUAUUUGCACAAGAGAGGUUUGCACCAUAGGAGUUGAUGUUAACCAAGAAUAUAUGUUAAAUUGUAUUUUUUCCUAUGGAUGACUUGCUGUAGUCACUGAAUGCCAAUCUAGAUGCUCACCAUUACUGCAAAGACUGACGACACUCCAGGCUUUGACUGCUACAUUAAUGACUGGCUGCUACUACCUAGACACUAACUGCUAAUGUAGUCAGGCUUCCGCUUUGUACUCUUAACACUACUGUGAAGACUGACCGCGACUUUAGACUUUGACCACGACUGCUAAGACUGGCUACCACUUUAUACGAUGACCGCUACUGUUUAAGACUGAGUGCCACUUUAGACUGACCGCUACUGUAAAGAAAAUGAACCCGGUUUGCUCAGGUACAAGCUGGCUGGGAGAAACGCUCCCGCGAGCUCUGCUUUUUGCGGCGGCUGUUUGGUAAGCAGAGCUCCAACUGCCCGUGGCCCCCGUGGGGGCGGUUUGCUGACGGAGACGGGAGCACUGGGCGUUCGGCGCGGCGUCCGUGGGCUUGGUGUCUGCUCUGGACUAACGUUCCUGUACCGCUCUAAUUCUCUCCGCUUUCAAUCUCUUCUGCACCCAGCAUGUCGGACGGGGCCUCGUGUUUGUGCUAAACGGCUGAUAUGGCCGAGGCUGCGUUGUAGAGUUUGGGGGUGUCCAGUUUUGGCCGAUUGGUUGUCAGCUUGGUCCUGUUGAUCAGACUGCAAAACCACCACUUGAAGCUGUGAAAACUGGAAACACAGCCUUUGCUUCUCUAUUACACUCAUAAUUGUGACUCACAUUGUUUAAACUUGGGAUGUCUUAUAUUACAGGUUAUGAGUAUUCAUGAAGAGAUGUUAUAUGAGUAUUUAUUAGAGCAUAUAUAAUAAUGACAAUAUUUUUGAGCUUCAGUAGUAAAGACAGAACUUUCAGUGUUAAGAAUAUGGGGCAAAGUAUCUGGCUGGUCUGUUGUAUCUGCAGUGACAUUCUCUGUGAUGGCGCAGAGUCUGCACUCUAAAUCCCAGUGCGCCCAGGUUGGUAACUGAGCCGAAGGUGUCUGCAGUGGUCAAAUGCAGUGUUUCCCUGCCCCCCCCCCAGUUCAUGUCUUAAUAGCAGCAUUGAGCUAAACGGGGGGAUUUCUUUGUUCUUGUUUUUUUGUUUUUCUAACCCUGCAUUCAGAACAAUCCACUCCAGUCCUCUCUGUUGUGUCUUGGGAAAUUAUGAAUAAAGUGAUGAUGUGUUGAUUUGA